AUAGCUAUCUGUGCGAAUCACGAAUAACUUUGUUUUUUUUUUCAUUAUACCCAUUUUCAUCGCGCAUUAGAGACCGUGAAAAAACCAUGGCGGCUACCAGAGACUCUUUACCUCACACAGCGUUUGCAUCAACGUCUUUCGAUACUGCCCUUUGUGUGAUUCCUCCUGCGAACAAAUGCCAGGAAGUAGACCAAUUACGAGCGUUAUACGACAAGGGUUUUGGCAGAUGGCCUCCUCACAUCAACCUCAUCUACCCAUUCGUACAUCCAGAAAAUCUAUCAAAGGCAAAACAACAAAUAGAGUCACAACUCUCCAAUAUCAGCUCAGAACGCACACUCGACAUUGCACUCGACAAAGCCGGUCACUUUGUGCAUCGUACCAACAGCACAAUAUGGUUGGGUGCAAGCGACAACACUUCUUCGGGAGUCCUGGAAGAGCUUCGGUCGAGUGCCUUGCAAGCACUUGGCCAGGAACCAUCACCAUAUAAUUUCCAUCUUACCAUUGGCCAGUCUGAGGACAACACCGACUCAUCACAGAACUUCCUACUUGGAAAAGCAAGACUGCUUCCCCACUUACAUUUCCCUGUUGGCUCUCUUGCUAUUCUUGUACGAGAGCGAACUCCACAUAGGCAAAACUCUUCAAGUAGAAUGAAACUUUGGGGUACCAUCGAUUUAGCGCCAUCUGAUGCAGCAGAGGCUACACCAAUGACGGAAUUUUGGCUUUCAGGAGCUGAUACGACCGAAACCUCGAGGGAAGAUCUAGACCUAGAAGAUGAAGAUUUGGAAGAAGGUCCAACCACAGCCUACGAUCGCGAAGCUCAGCCAGGGAAAACUUACUAUUUCGAUGCUUCCUGCUCUACUUGGCUGGUGAGCCAUCCGGAAGAACCAGAGCAGGCACUAUCAACCAAUUUGACGAUAGCCAGUUACAACGUCCUCGCUGAUUCAGGAUAUCCACCAGCUCAUGAUAGAAACGCCUUGCUGGUUGAUGCAAUAUUGUCAAAAUCAGGAUUGGCAGAUAUUCUUGUCUUACAGGAAGUCUCGGAUGUUUUUUUGUCUUAUUUGCUCGCAAAUGAGCAAGUACAAAACCCAUACUCAUUUGUCUCUCACGGACCCCCCGAUCAAGCUGAUCUUGGACCUCUUCCGAACAUGCGCAAUAUCGUCAUACUCAGCCGGUGGCACUUCGACUGGAAGCUACUACCAUUCAAGAGGAGACACAAGGGUGCUAUAGUGGCAGAGUUUAAUGGAUUGCAUCCCUCUCAACCGCUCAUACUUGCUGGUGUGCAUCUCACUAGUGGGCUCACCGAUGGAUCAGUAGCAGCAAAGAAGGUUCAGCUCCAGAACAUCAGAAGUUAUCUAGCCCAUGAGUAUCCCUCAAGUCCAUGGAUUGUCGCAGGAGAUUUCAACAUUACUACUUCAUCUUACACCAUUCAGACCGCCUUGAAGAGCAAGUCGAUUUCUCAGCAAACUUCAAAUCAUCUCUCAGCCAUUGAGUCAGCUUUGGUUGACGCAGGAUUCAUCGAUACAUGGACUGUUGCAAGAAUUGAGGGAACGGAAGUGACCACUACCGAUAAUUUCGAUGACCUUUUUGAAGGUGAAGAGGGCGCUUCUUUUAAUCCAAGAGAGAAUCGACUUGCGGCAGCUACAUCAGGAACGUCGAACAAUCGGCCCCAAAGGUACGACAGAAUCCUCGUGAGAGGUCAGAACACUCUUCGUGUGCAUCAAUUCAACCAGUUCGGCCUUCCUGACAAUCGCGAUGGAGUGCAAAUUGUGGCAAGUGAUCAUUGUGGCAUUAGAGCGGCUUUCAAGAUAGCCCCUCUAACUUCUACCGAAUCCACAAAAAGGCCAGAUAACCUUAACCUUCUUCCGGUGAAAUUGCAACAAUUGUCAACCGUUCUCUCUGAAACAUCAACACUGGAAACUACCUUAGAGCUACAUGGCAUGUUCCCUACAAAGGAAGAGAUCGAAGGUCGCCGAGAUGCAUUCGCACUAAUCAAGAAAAUCAUCCUUGGUUCGUCUAAUGACGAAGAGACUAUUGAAUCCGACAUUCCAAUGGUCAUGGUGUCCGUUGGGUCUUAUGCUCUUGGCGUAUGGACAUCUGCAUCUGACAUUGAUUGCCUCUGCAUCGGCUCUAUCAGUUCCAAGACUUUCUUCAAAUUGGCUCGUCAGCGCAUCCACAGAGCGCAAGACCAAGGAGUUCGUUUCCUUCGUCGCGUUGAAGCAAGUACGGGAACGAUGUUUGAGAUCUCCGUGAACGGAGUGAGCAUGGACCUGCAGUAUUGCCCUGCUGCUCGAAUCGUCGAGCGAUGGGCAGAGCUCCCGGAACUCCAUCACACCGAUCCGAUUUACAAUCUGUCCAUGCUCUCGUUGCGCAAGUUGAAGCCCUAUCGGGAUAUAGCAUAUAUCCAACGCACGCUCCCUUCUAUCCCAACCUUCCGCGUAGCCUACCGGUGCAUCAAGCUUUGGGCAGUCCAGCGUGGAAUCUACUACUCUAAAUUUGGCUACCUUGGUGGUAUUCACAUUACACUGAUGCUGUCCUGGAUUUACAAGCGCCUCGUGCACGAUGUUGGUGCUGUUACCGUUCAGGACUUGGUUGCCACGUUCUUUCACCACUACGCUAAUUUCGAUUGGGAGAACGAGAUCCUGUACGAUGCAUUCUUCCACAGACAGAAACCGCGAUAUCACCGAAGCGCUAGAGAGCCAAUGGUCGUCCUUGGUUUCCAUGCCCCGAACGCCAAUGCAGCGCAUACUUCAACAGCACCUGGCCUACAAACCAUGGUUAAGGAGCUAAAGAUGGCCAGUGAGGCUCUUGCGCAAGACUCUAUGACUUGGUCGAGAUUCUUUAGAGAUCCAGGAAAGACCGGCAUGUCAGAAUUUCUCACUUCCUAUCAAAGUUACGUUCAGAUUACGAUCCAGUACUGGGGUCGGUCGUUGGGUAAGGGGAAAGGCCUGGUCGGAUGGGUAGAGUCUCGCUGCUUGCUGAACGUAGUCGAUAUCAACAAAGCACUUCCAAAUCUAGACGUACGCAUCUGGCCCGCUCGUCUUACAAGCAACAAUGCAUCAGAGUCGGAGACAGAUUACCAGGGUUGCUACUUGAUUGGUCUCUCCCGCCGGGAAUCCUCAGAAACCAACGAUACCGCUGAAGAUAAGUCACUCGCGAAGCAAACCCUGCAGCAAUGCCUUGAUCGUUUCCUCGCUCAACUUCAAAGCGACGAGAAGUAUUACGAUCCAUCUACUUGCUGGAUCGACGUGUCUCUUGUACAGCCACGUGCUGUAAAAGACCUUCAAUUAGACCAGCGCGAAUGGGGCGACUACACACCCGACAUGGACAUCGACUCCGACGAUGAAGAGGAUGCCGAAGAGACUGACGAGACUUCCGAAGCACCAUAUGCUCUGCCAAUCCGCACUAAACCUUCAUCGACAUCCACUUCGCAGUCCGCGAACAAGUUACGACCUGCUUCGGAUGUCCUUAAUCGCUUACGUUGGGAUUCAAACCUCGAUCCAAGCAAUUACAUCGUUGGCUAUGAAGAUAGGUUCCUCGGCGCAAAGGAGACUGGACUGGAGAGGUGGAAGACGGAGCAAACUGACGAAGAAUUCAUCCCCCAACACCGAAUUCUUUACUUCAAGAGGCGAGAUGAUGGAGUUAUCGUUUGGGAGAGGAAAAGUAGGACUGACUUGAUAUUCAAGAGUGGAGCAAGUACGGGAGUCGGCGACCUUGAAUAAUGCGUCUCACUUGUCGUAGUUGAUGUCAAUCAAGAAGAUCUGGGAAAAUGUUCCCGACCAAAAGUUUCCUUUAAUCAUAUCCAUGUGAGGACCCAUUUCGACAAAUCUUAAGUUGUAAUAGCAAAGAUGGUUUUGCGAAGUGGCCGGGCCCUGCACCAAUGGGUCAAUCAAAAAGGAAUAGCUAAGCAACAUCUUUCGCAAGGAAAUAAAUCCUCAUGCUGGAUAGGCAAAUAAUCCAUCUUCAAGC